GAGAUUUAUUGAAGUAAGAACAGAAGUUUAUUGAAGUAAGAACAGAAGUUUCAAUCUCUGAAGAAGUAUGGAACUGUCACUGGCUCACCCAGCUGUCAAAGCUUUUAUGUGCGGCUCCCUCAGUGGAACCUGCUCCACGCUGCUCUUCCAACCUCUGGACCUUGUUAAGACCCGUCUGCAGACGCUGCAGGGCAGCAUGCACCCUGGUUCCACCAGGGUGGGGAUGGUCACUGUGAUCCUGAGUGUGGUGCGGACAGACAGGCUGCUGGGACUGUGGAAAGGUGUUUCGCCGUCGUUUGUUCGCACCAUCCCGGGUGUGGGGCUCUACUUCAGCACCUUCUACACUCUGAAGCAGCACUUCUUCCAUGAGAGGAGCCCAGGAGCCGUGGAGGCUGUGCUGUUAGGAGGCGGGGCCAGAACCGUGGCAGGGGUCUUCAUGCUGCCCGUCACCGUGAUCAAGACUCGUUUUGAAUGCGGUAGGUACAGCUACGGGAGUGUGGUCGGAGCUCUGCGCUGUGUCCUUCAGGCUGAGGGUCCCAAAGCUCUGUACUCUGGCCUCAUGGCAACCCUCCUCAGAGACGUCCCCUUCUCUGGUAUCUACGUUAUGUUCUACAGCCAGAGCAAGGCGACAUUGCCACAUGAGCUCAGUGUGUCUGCUUACGCUCCUCUGGCCAACUUCAGCUGCGGGGUCUUGGCUGGCGUACUCGCCUCUCUCAUCACCCAACCUGCUGAUGUUGUCAAAACACACGUUCAAGUGAAUCCACAGCUGAGGAGCGCACAGGCCGUAGGACACAUCUUCAAGGAAUACGGCCUGCAGGGCUUCUUCAGAGGGGCGGUACCACGGUUACUGAGGAGAACCAUGAUGGCCGCCAUGGCGUGGACAGUGUACGAGCAGACGAUGACUCGACUCGGGCUCAAGUCCUGAAGAGGAAAAGUGAGAAGAAGAUGUGAACAACAAAGGAGUGAACAAGAAGCAGCGCUCCACUGGUGAUUUACUCAUGAGGUUGUCAUGGUGAUCUUUCACCAUAUUUGGUGUAAACUGCUGAGCAAAGAAGCUUCGACGUCCUGUCUAAAGCACUCGCACAUCAAACGUGUGAGAUGUGAAAUGUGUUUUGCUGGUUUAUUACAGGAACCUUUUUGUUAACC